CCUCCCUAAUUUUUUUUUUCUUUUUUUAUACUUUCUUAUUCAUCCGAAAAAAUAUCAACAUAUAGUGAUGACUCAUGCUGCUGUAUAUACUCCAGUAGAGAGUAUCGAUGAAAGUUCCAUUUUAUCGUCAGCAGGAGCAACAACGACUGAUGCCACUAGCUGGGAAGAUGACCAACGACCCCUUUUACCUCGAUCUACUGCUGGUUCCUCAUCUAUAUUUCUAAACGACAUUGAAGAUCCAGCUGACUUUUUGAUUCCUACUGCCACUCCUUUUAGUUGUGCUAUUAAUCUUGCCAAUACUAUUCUAGGUACAGGCAUGUUGGCUAUGCCUUCAGCAGUAGCGUCAGUUGGUUUGAUACCUGGUAUUCUUGUUAUCUUAUUAUCUGCCUUAGCUUCUUCCAUGGGUCUUUAUUUUUUAUCUUGUUGUGCUAGACAUACCGAUGGUCGAAAUGCUUCCUUUUUUGCUAUUUCCAAACUCACUUGGCCUAAAAUGGCGGUUCUAUUUGAUUUAGCUAUUGCUAUCAAAUGUUUUGGUGUAGCUAUUAGUUAUCUUAUUAUCAUUGGUGAUUUAAUGCCUCAGGUCGUAUUGUCUUUUGCUCAAGAUGCAAAAGAUACAGUUCUAUUAAUGGAUCGACGAUUUUGGAUCACUUUAUUCAUGGCUACAGCAGUAUUACCUCUUAGUUUCUUACGAAAAUUGGAUUCCUUGAAAUACACCAGUGUAGUGGCCUUAAUUGCCGUGAUUUAUUUAUGUGCUAUUGUCGUGGAACAUUAUUUUGCCAGUGAUUUUGUCCCUCCUCCAGAAGAAUCCGUUAAAAUGUUUGAUUGGUCCACCAAAUUCUUUAGUCAUUUACCUGUGUUUGUAUUUGCUUUUACUUGUCAUCAAAACAUUUUCUCGGUUUAUAAUGAACUUGCAGAUCAUAGUCAAAAAGCUGUGAAUCAAACGAUUGGUGUUUCUAUUGGAGCUUCCACCUUUAUCUAUGAAUUGAUUGCUAUAUUAGGUUACCUUAGUUUUGGUAAAGAUGUGAGUGGCAAUGUGAUCUCUGAAUAUCAUCAAAGUUUAUUUGUUGCUGGAGGUCGAUUAGCCAUUGUCAUUCUAGUAGUAUUUAGUUAUCCAUUACAAGCUCAUCCUUGUCGUGCUUCUCUGGAUAAAGUAUUGGCUUGGAGAACUCCUGAAGCACGUGGUUUAAAGGUACCUCCUCUUCCAUCACCCUUUAAAUAUUUUGCCAUGACUACUACCAUUUUGGUGACAAGUUAUUUAGUUGCCAUUACUGUAUCGAAAUUAGAUUUGGUACUUGCUUUUGUGGGUUCUACAGGAUCUACCACUAUUUCAUUUAUACUUCCAGGUUUAUUUUAUUUCAAAAUACAUGAAAAUGAUCCUUGGAAACCAGGAAAAGUGGCUGCUGUGGCACUGGCUGUUUACGGUAUUCUAGUCAUGGUGAUUUGUUUGACUUUCAAUGUCCUUCGUUUAGUGAAAUAGACUUGAUACAUCCCCACUUUUUAUUAUUUUCUUUAUUAUUGUUAUUAUUAUAUUUUACUAUACCCUUUUCCUCCUCCUCCUUUAUAUUAUUUGACAUGAUUCACCACCUCCCAUACAUAUACUUUGUAGAUUUUCGCCCUUUUAUUCAUCUUACAAUGAAUUUAUUUUUCUCCUCCUCCCCCCUUUAUAAACAACAAUAAAACAUUAUAUUUUUUUUUCUUUGUUCUUUUUUGUUGUUGUUUUUUUUUUCUUAU